AUGUGGAGGAAGCGAACGAGUGCUUCAUUUCUUAGACAACAAUUACUAAACUCUGACAACACUGACGACACUUCACCUAAACUAUUGUCACAAAUCUGUUCCGUUGUGUUUGAUGUCCGCAAAUCGAUCGCCGAUUGGGAUACCAUAGACUGGAUCUCUUGGAUCACUGCUGGCGGCUCUACACCCGACGAAUUUGCACUCGAAGUGAAGAAGUACGACAACGCGACCAAAUGCGGACUGGUGUGGACGGCCAACUUUGUCGCCUACCGGUGCCGCACGUGUGGGAUCUCUCCGUGUAUGUCAUUGUGUGCCGAGUGUUUCAAGAAAGGCAAUCACGUCGGACACGACUUCAAUAUGUUUCGCAGCCAAGCGGGCGGAGCGUGUGAUUGCGGCGAUGACUCGGUCAUGAAGGAACAGGGCUUUUGUGUAUAUCAUGGCUCUAAAGCCCAAUACGAUGUGCCACACCUGCCCGACGACUUGCUAUGUGUGGCCAAAGCUAUUAUGCCGCGAGUCAUACACCGAUUGAUAUUACAUUUACGCAAAAACAAUAUUGAAGCUAUUGAAGAGUCGGAUGUCUAUAUUAAAGACUUGUUACUAAAGCUAACAGAAAUGGGGGCCGCAAUGAGGAGUGUAUUGAGUGAUGCCUUAACUCAACCUAGUUGUUAUUCUAGUCUUGCAUUAGUGUGCGAUAAUAGUGAUACAGAAAGAGCUGAUAUAAUGGCACAACUGAUUGACAAUUACAACUCAGCCAAGCGUUUGAUGUCCCAUUUUAGAGUACCCGUUGAUUCCGAUGAGUUCAAACUUGUUUCCAAUAUGACUGCAUUUCAAAGCCAAUUAACACACAAAACUUUUCUCGAUGAACUCUUAUUCUGGACAAUUGUUUAUGAAUUUCCUCAGAAAUUAGUGUGUUUUCUAUUGAAUAUGUUGCCCGACGAGAGGUAUAAGGAAGCAUUUGCCCAAACAUUUGUGUAUCAUUACAGUCGCAUUAGUAUUAUGUUGUGCCGCUCUCGGGGUGGGGACAGGGGUUCGCGUCCAAAGGACAGUCUGCACGACAUUUUAUCUAAUUGUGUGGUUCACGUGAGCGUACAGUUGUUUAGCAACGAAGAUUUGGCCACAAAACUGUGCCAAACAACUCAAUUACUUUAUGUGAUAUAUCCGAUAGAAGGUUGUGCUGAUGAGGAGGACAUGACAGGAAUACUAAUGUCAAACCCAAUGCAAGACCCGAAGAAGAACGCACACAAUGUGGUUCGUUGUGAUCACCAGAUUCUCAAAGAGCACUGGUAUUGGCCUAUUGUUAGUGACCUAAACAAUGUGCUCACACACCGACCGGUCGCUCAACUCUUUAUCAACGAUUGCGCUCUUCUAGACCUUUGGCUCGAAUUAAUAAUGGCUUUUCAAGGCAUGAAUCUAAAUGAACGCCAACUUAGCGAACACGUGGAGUACGAAAACAACGCUUAUUACUCUGCUUUCAGUGCCGAACUCGAGAUCUGUGCCACUCCUAUGUGGACACUCAUCUGUCAUCUCAAAGACUCGGAAUCGGCCGAACAGUCGAUGCAGAUCAUCAAACACGUGAUGCAUUGGUUGCAGACUUGGUUUGAAUUGAUUGCUUUCGCAGAGGACGACACACCCAAUCCAAUGCAAUCUACUUUUCACAUACCAUUACACAGAUAUCUGUCAGUCUUCAUACAACACGCCGUCAACUACCAGAACGUGACACUCGAGCACAUACUUGACAUACUUCCUAAGCAAGAGUUUCUCAAACAACUAUUGGCACAUCCCUUACAAACGACUGUAUCAUUCUAUGAAAUCCUUUGUGGUCUUUGGGUUAGAAAUGGAUUACAGAUCAAAGGCCAGGCGAUGACAUAUAUUCAGUGCCACUUUUGCAAUUCAAUGGUCGAUUCCGAUCUUUUUCUCAUACAACAAGUGGCCACACAUGUCGACUCUGAUUGGUUCAUACAAACAGUGUUUGAAAGGUUGUUAACUAUCAUCGAUGAUAACACUGUUAUUAACAGUAAUGUAAUGUUUCACGUCUGGGAUUGUCUGUCACUAUCGUUAACAGAAACAACUUCUUGCAAAGGCUUUCUCGAAUCGGAACAAAUUCUUCCAAUGUUAGAGUCGGCGCUGACACACAUCGCAACUCUCCUAUCAGUCCAUAAUAAUCUUGGAAUGAGUGAAGAACAGGUGACCCGCAAGGAAAUGGUCGCUCUAUUAGCUAUGGGCGACAAAACUCAUUCACAACUAUUGGAUUUAUUGCCUGAAAAGUGCGGCACUCAGUCCUCGCAAAACUCAUAUUUUGAGUCUACUCUUAAUCGUAUCGCAGAAUUCAAGUCACCCAAUGUUGAAGUUGGCGGCAGUCUCGUUCAGGGACAGUUUUAUCCCAAAGCCGACGUUUGGGCCAAUGAAUACGAUCCCAUUCAUGUUCUUUUGCGAGCCGUACACAGAAGGGACUACCAGUCAUCGAUGGACAGAUUUGCCCAAUUUGCCCGACACAGUGGCAAAUUCAAGUCGUCAUCCCAACCGUGGCCUCCUUUCCAUAUCCCUCCCCCCGUUGACAGCAAUAAGUUUGUUGACCCCCGAAAAUUACUUCACAGUAAAGUAUUGCACGGAAUUAUAUUUACUAUUUUAUACAAAGCCGUCUAUUGUCAUGAAAUGCCCGAUCAAAUACUGGCACUCACUAUAUAUUUGUUAGAUAUGGCCAUCCGUUUCCCAUCUCCCGUUUCAUCAAACACUGACUGUCCACAAGUGCCGGCGGCCAAUGAGGUCCUGGACCUACACUUUGGCCAAUGGUUUCCCUCCAAUUGGAUAAUGUCUAGUCUCAUAACUCCAGUCAAAAAUGUUAAAUUACUUGAAAGGCGGUCAUCACUCGAUGGCGCCGUUGAAGAGAUGGAUAUCGACCAGCAUUCGGAUGACAGUCCCGGAGAAGACGAAUACAUGAGCGACGAAGACCAACAGCCAUACGAAGUGCACAGUCCGGCCACCAGUGAACCCGGCGUUGAAACUAGAAGUCUUGAAUCUUCUGUUCAAAGACCACAAUUGCCCUCUAUUUCAGUGCCGCUGGCAUUGUUGCCGCCGCCCAACUCUACCACAACUUUAGUGGCUGUCGAUCCAGAUAGUCGUCAAAUGGCUGCCAACACAUCUAAUUAUGACGAUUCCAAUCUUAAUUCCAGACCCAGACUUGUUAACAGUGAGAAUGUGGCCAUCGAUGCGGCUAACACUACCACUAAUGAGGAUAUGUCUGUGUCUGUGGUGCCAUCAUCUGCUGGUCCCGCAAGACUCCGCUCUCGCACUCAUCGUCUAAGACCUGUUCGAUCGUCUGACCAAAGGAUGGUAUUGUUGAAUCGACGACGACAGGGACGGCUCUUUGACUCGUCUAACAACAACCAAACCACAAACCAAAUUGAGUUGAGUUCGGCAUCGAUUGGCAUGAGUGGCAUGAGUGGUGCCAAUCCUCACUUAGCUGUUAAUGAACUAAUGAGAGCUCUGCCCCCAUCUUCUGGCGUUUCCUCAUUGCCAGUCAAUGAGACGAUUAUCUCAUUAUUAGUUAGACUCCAUUCGAAGCUCAGUGGGAAACCCGAUUCAUAUAAGCCGAUGAAAAGUGACCAACAAAUGGACAGUCGUAUAGGCGAUGGGCCGUAUUUUAUUGAACAACUUCUUAAUCAAUUUAUUCAAUUGAAUGUCAGCGGAGAGGACAUAAUCAAUGAGACGAGGGCUACAAUUUGGACCAAAAACACCAAUGAUAGCCAACAUUCUGACAAUAAUUAUUCUCAAAAUGAAGAGUUAGAUCGAGAAGAACGCAAACGCAAAGCUCGCGAAAGGCAACAGAAACUUAUGGCAGAAUUUGCUUCAAAACAAAAGGCUUUUAUGAAAAAUAUUGAAAAUGAAAUGAAUAGCAAUGAUUGUGACGAACAAAGCGGCAAAUCUUCAGACAUGUCAUCCAGCGAUUCGAGUCCAUCACUGCUUCAGUCAAAGGAAUAUGAAUGUGUGAUAUGUGGACAAAGCGGGCCGUCGGCUAACAGUCAAUUGUUUGGUCAGGUAGUACUCCUCCAAUCCACCAGUGUUUUGGGUCACUCAACAGCUGUCCAGCAAAAUGCCAAACAAAACGCCAAACUUCCCAAUUCUGACGAAGAAGUGCUGUGUUUACAGAAUAUGCAAACAUUGGCUAAAUUUAUGGAACAACGCAUCGAUGAGAUGGACCAUUAUUUUGAUAAGAAUUCAUGGCUCAACUCAUUCAAUAUUGGUUGGGUUGGAGGCGUUCACGUCCAGUCUUGUGGUCAUUACCUUCAUAUCGAUUGUCAUAAGUCUUAUAUGCAAUCGUUGCGUGGCAUACAACAGGUCCACAACCGUUAUGGUAUAGAACAAGGAGAGUAUUCGUGUCCACUUUGUCGCCAAAUGGCGAACAGUGUUUUGCCCAUCAAUCCAAGUAUGGGUGAAAUUGGCGCUAUUGUCAAGUGCCGACCAAAUGACAUGAAUGCUGUUGUGCUGGAGAUUCAUCACUUGCUCUCCAGUGUCUCUCAUCCAGAUUCAGAAUUUCUCAAACUCUUAGGCAAUGCAAUUGAAGACCUGACAAAAGCAACUGGUCCUCAGUAUAGGAACAUUAGGGUCUCUCCCAGUCAUCAAAGCUUAUUCCUCUUUCUGUGUUCCAUCACUAGAACUAAUCUCGAAUCAGAUCUUCUCAUUAAACAAAGUCGAAGCACUGCCUGUGGGGCUAAAAAGUCCUGUUUUGUGCCUUUGUUUCACGUGUUGGCAUUAAACGCAAAAGUGGUCAUCACUACCCCUUAUGACAACCUCUGGUGCCAAUUAACUGGCCUUACAGUCGAAGAAAAUAAUUUAAGCUUAACUACAAUUGAAAAGGAAGUGCCGCUUUUUUUUAAAGACGUUUCCGCACUUUUGAUUCAACUUUUUUAUGCAUUACCUCUUAAUGUUGACAAAGCAUAUUUCACGGUUGUUGUGCAGACUCUGGUCAAUCUGAAGGUAAUGCAAGCUUUGGCUCAGUUAUCAACUCUUAUGACGGAAAGCCGAAGAAUGCAAUUUAAACAGCAAUCACUUAACACUUGUGGUCAUGAUUUUAAUGUAUUGACUACUCAAUUGAGUUUCAUUAUCGAUCACUUGGAGUGUAGUUCUCUAUUUGCUAAUAUGGACGAAGAAGUUAACGCUUCGACUAAGUGCUGGUCUGAUUCAGAGGUGGAAGAGGCUGUUAUAAACAUAUGUUUGCCGUUCCUUCGAUUGGCAUCUAUGCUCUGCCAUCAUCUCUAUUGUGAACCUUUUCCCACAUUAAGUGAUAAUAUAUAUGAAGAGUUUAAUACUUUGGUUCGUUUCUUGUCGUUGGGUUUAAUGCCGAACAACAACUCACUCACAAUCAGUCCAAUCACUAAUUGCCUUAAGUGGACGUGUGAAAGGCCUAAACAUCUGGUGCACACUUGGUGUCAAGAAUUGGCUAAUUUCACAUCCAAAUCAUUAAUAGGCGCCCGAAAACUUUUAAGAAAACCUCCCCUUCUUUGGAUUCGGCCAUCGCUGUUACGUUUGCCUACUCUUUAUGACCAACUGUUUAUGUUCUAUCAUCAAAGACAGUGCCGCUUAUGUAGUAAAGUGCCUAAAGACCCCUCUAUUUGUCUCAUAUGUGGCACUUUGGUCUGCAUGAGAGAGAACUGUUGUCGUUCCGAAUCCUGUUUGGAAGCACACUCAAACAUAUGCGGUGCCGGAACUGCUAUUUAUUUGGCCUGUAAUUCCUCGACAGUGAUUGUCGUACGUGGAAAGCGCGCCUGUGUUUGGGGUUCAGUAUAUUUGGAUCAUUUUGGCGAAGAAGAUCGAGAUCUUAAACGUGGAAAACCACUUUACUUAAGCGAACAGAGGUAUUGGAUAUUAGAGCAGCAGUGGUUGACCCAUAGUUUCGAUCACACCAACAAACGCUGGGUCUUUCAUAAGGAUAUGCUCUGACACUGUCAUCACAACUGCAUACUCUAUGUGCACAUCAAAUAUAGUCAUCACAAUUAUAACUAUUGUAUCAUUUUUACAAAUA